CAUAUUUUUCCAGAGAGACUUCAGUUUUUUGAGUAUGAGUCUAUAACUAUAAAAUGUAAGAUGAUAAAUGCUGUUAAGGCUUGGAGAGUAAUGAAGGAGUUCCACAAAGUCAGACCAACAAAUUCCUCAGAUCCCUGCAGCUCACCGAAACCUUCCUGCACACUUAAACCUGCCCUGGAAAGACACAGUGGAGAAUAUUGGUGUGAAAACGAUGCUGGAGAAAGGAGCAGUGCGGUCAACAUUUCUGUUACAGCUGGUUUGGUGAUCCUGGGCACUCCAACCCAACCUGUGGUGGAAGGAUCAGAUGUGACCCUUCCUUGUAUCCAUAAAGAAACUGCACUGAAAGCUAAACUGAAAACUGAGUUGAAUCACAUAAGAGAUUUUUACAGAAAUGGUCUGCAUCUCAUGACCUGCUAUACCAACAACAUGACCAUCCAAAAUGUCACAAAGGCAGAUGAAGGAUUGUACAAGUGCAGCAUCUCUUCAGCUGGAGAAUCUCCUGAAAGCUGGCUGUCUGUUUAUAGACCCCUGACAGCACCAAUUGAAGAUCGCUACACUGUGGAAUGUGAGCAGUCUAAAACUGAUGUUCUGGAGUAUGCUGUUAAAGUUGCGUUACUGGCCUUGUUGUCUGCGGUGAUUGGAGUAAUUCUCUACAAGAUAAAAGGUGGAAGGAACGAUUAAAAGCACCAACCCAUGUUUGUCAGGAGAGGAUGAAGUCUGAUUAUUGAAGUGAGAACGUCUGUGAGACUGGAAUGAAGUAACCUUCGUGAUCAACAGAUGUAAAAUAUGAUCAAACAUGCUUUAAAAUUAGUUGCC